GUAAAAACUGGGGGGGAUGUUUGUACAGGCCAUCCCCCCCUCCUCGAAAAGUGGGGGGGAUAUAUCCCCCCCAUCCCCCCCGGGAUUUACGCCAGUGCCUCAAAGGCUUGCAAAAAGGGAAACCAAGAAUGAUCCCGCGGGUAAAUCAAAUACCCCAAAUAUGCGGCCGUAUUAUAUUUGUGAAGCGAUUUCAGCGAACCAACUGAUGCAGUUCAACCUCAAUCAUCAAGGUGCAAUUUCAGACUGGGUGAUUCAUUAAUUGAAUGAUUCUGACUCCACCCGACCAACCAUGGAUAUCCUGGAAAGAAUCUAUCCCAAGGUUUCUCGUCUGGAAGACUUUCUUCAAGUUCUGGAUGGAUGUCCACCCCUCUACAUCCCCAAAGACAAAGCUGGAUACAAGGCCUUCCUUCACUCAACUCUGGUAGGAAUCCCAUCCAGUCAUCUGAAUUAUAAAGGUCCUCUGGAUUAUACACAACACUCUGAUCAUAUGGAGGUGAUCAACAGAGUCAUGAGAAGACUCCAGCGCCAAGGACGAUCUGGAAAGAAUGUUAUUCUCAACGGUUUUUCUUCUUGGAGAUCAGAAGGUGAAUGUGCAGGGAACAUAGAUGUUCCAAACAACAAUGUUGACCAACUCAAAAUACCAUUCUGGCGGAAGCUUUUAAGCAGAAUUGGAGAUGAGUUGAUGAUGCAUAUCCUGGAGAACCUGUCUAUAUUUGCAGCAGCACCGCCAUCUUGCUACAUUCAACUCACAGGAUUCCCGGUCAGUCUGCUCAUCUCAUCAACACCAUCCAACACAAGUCCAACGAAAUCAUCCAUGAAAGAAGGAAAAAGUUGUCAAUUUGAGGAUGAAAAGAAUGUGCGAUGCAAGAGAAAGAGGGGAGAAAGAGAAGGGCACGAUGAGGGAAAUGCAAAAUUCUUAAAAACUGAGCAGGGAGCACAUAGAAUUCAUCCCAGAGAAGAUAGAAGCUAUUGUAUUCUGAAUGCUUGCUACUCAAAGAGACUGGGUCACAGCUGGUCUAGGCAUGAUUUCAUGUCUAUGUACCCUGCGUCUAAUAGCGGUGCACAGAGGCUGACUCAACACAUUUUCAGCUCGUCUUGUGAAAGUGCUUCGACUUCUGGCAAAUCUGACGCUGUGACGAGACAUCUAGUGAAGGGGAGAGAUGAAGAUGGCAUCCAAGGAGACAAUAAAUUCAAGAAGAGGAAGAAGCUGCAGCGGACCUGUCGCCGCCUGAUCAAGGUCCAAACUUUACUCAAGACUCUACUUGCCCAGCACAGGAAACUUAAUCUUAAAAGCAUCCUCAAGCACCAGUGUCCAAUAAAUAUACCUCAAGAGUCAAACACCAAGAAGGUAUCGGCAACGCCGCCACCAUCCAUUGAGAGUGUAUCAAGCGAGAAGAGCCUGAUAGAACUCAGGAAUGAGAGCCAGCAGGAGGGCUAUUCACCCAAGGUGUUUCAGCGGAAGAAGCCACACCGUCGUGUUCUAGGCAGCACACAGUUGAGUGGUGUUGGUUUCUUGAUCAAUUCUUGUUCCGUUCUACUGACUCACUCCCACCAUGGUACAUACUCACAACGCAAAAUCAAGAAGACGGCAGAGAGGCCGUUACCUAGCGAUGCAACUGCUCCAAAUGCCACUGACGAGAGUACAAUCUCGGAUAGCAUGCAAAGCAGAGUAAAGAAGAUUAGGCGAUGCAAGGUGAAGACUGGGAAGGGUACGAGGUUGCCUGAUGAUGCAGCAACCCUGAUCAAGAUGCAGUCAGAUCCAUGGCAGGUGUGUCUCUUCUUGCGUCAGGUUCUUCUGAAGGCUGUCCCAGAUGAGCUUUGGGGAAGCGUGCACAACAGGAAUGUCUUCUUCAAAGGUGUGAAGAAGUUUGUGGAACUUGGCCGUUUUGAGAGACUAUCAUUAAGGGAGCUUACUGAACAAAUGAGGGCUGAAGACUGUGAAUGGGCCCAGCUUGAAAAGUUCAAAGGUCAUGACCCACCCUUCACAUCUUUAGUGAAACAGCGCCAGCUUGUGACGGACUACUUUCAUUGGUUGAUGGUUGGUUACACUAUUCCACUUAUCAUGAUGUGCUUCUAUGUGACUGAGACCGCGAGUUCAAGGAAUCAGCUUAUUUUCUACCGGACACCAGUCUGGAUCCCCCUAGAGAAAACAGGCAUUCAGGAUUAUGUGGCAAAUGGAGUCAUGAAGCCGAUAGAAGAGGUUGAGGUCAUGAAGCGCAUAUCAGCAGGUCAAACUCUGGGUAUUUCCAGGCUCCGAUUCAUCCCGAAGACCAAGAGCCUUCGACCAAUUACAAGGAUGGGAAAGUCUGUCAUCAGUGAAAAAAAGGGCCUGAGUGUUAGACUCCUUCUUCAAGACCUGUUUGAUGUCCUGUCCUUUCACAAGGUACAUGAACCGACAAUGAUGGGUUCCUCCCUUCUAGGAAUAGAUGGAAUCUACUACAAAGUAUUAAAGUUCAUACAGGAUAGAAAAGAAAGGAAGGAUACGAGACCACUGUACUUUGUGAAGGUUGAUAUUGAGAAGUGUUAUGACUCAAUCAAGCACAGAAAACUCCUUCAGAUCAUCUCAAUGCUACUUCAAGGCCAAGAUAAACCAGAUGAGUAUUUCAUCCAGCGGUAUGUGACCGUGACGAAAGCAGCGUCGACAUCGAGUGGACUUCAGAAGAUGACACAUCGUCAUGUGACCACCGAGAUGAGUAUAUUUCAUCGUCAGCUAAUCGAGAUGGCCAAGCGUGGACAGAUGAAGAAUGCAAUAAUAAUCAAUCAGGUACACACAGUGAAGGUCACACCUAAGGAAUUAUUGCACAGACUGGAACAGCAUGUCACGUCGGAUAUAGUGAAGAGCGGUAAGAAGUACUACUGGCGUCACGAUGGUAUCAGCCAAGGCUCCAUUCUUUCAUCCCUUCUCUGUAGUAUAUUCUAUGCACAUCUGGAGAGGUGUUAUCUUUCAGAUAUAGACCAAGAAGGACUGAUGAUGAGAUUGAUAGAUGACUUUCUUCUGGUCACCCCUCAUCUUGACAAAGCUCAACGUUUCCUUCAUCUCCUCCUCUCAGGUGUGGAGCAGUACGGAUGCAGCGCCAAUCCUACAAAGACGUUGGUUAACUUUGAUUUUAUGUUUGAUGGUCAGAUGGUUCCAAGGUCAACAGAGCUGUUUCCAUGGUGUGGUAUAGUGUUCAACACACAGACAUUGAACAUCAGCAACGAUUACACAAAAUACAACAACGUCAGUAUCAGAUAUACUUUGACAAUGAACAAAGACGCAGCUCUACAUAAUAUGCGCACCAAGCUCAUCUGGUCUUUGAAAGCCAAGAAUGUGAGCAUAUUCAUGGAUCCACUAAUUAACUCUUUCCGAACGAUAGUCGUCAACGUCUACCAUCUGCUCCUACUCCUGGGUUAUCGCUUUCAUUCUUACUACCACUGCCUAGCAAACUGCAUCCAGAAAAACACACGCCCUCUACAGUUCUACAAUAUGUGGGCAUCAUGUGUUCGGAUAUUUCAUGCAUACAUCAUCUCUAAGCUGCGCAGAGACAAUCGGGAGGAUACCGAGACGACCUUUCCUCUGACAAUUAAUACUGUCAAUUGGAUUGGGUUGAAGGCCUUUGAGACCAAACUUAGUCAGCACAGAGGAUCAUACCAUCCCAUCAUCAAACUGGUUACCACACACAGACGGAAGGCAGCUCAAAAAAUGGGGAAGGCCAUGUUGGGUGUUAUAGAAGAUAUGACGAAACCUGAUCUUCCAGUAGACUUCAAAAAGAUGAGGAGAUGAUUGUUCCUAUUUCUCUUUUGUAUGGCUGAAAUAUAAUGAUUAUUUGAGUUGUCAACUUCGCUGUGCAUGUCAUAACUGUUUGCCGUUAGCGACGCUGCACCCACUACAGUAUACUCCUCAUGACUGUAGGCUACUUAUUCUGUUAUUCCAGAAACUUCAGGAGGAUGAGAAGAUGAUGGAUCCUAUUGCUCCAUCAUAUGGCUGAAACAGGUGAUGGUUGAUGGUGGCGAUGACUGCUUAAGGUGACAGGUGCCCUAUUACCGUGCGGAAACGACUACGGGUAUAUAAUCAAGCAUAGGAUUCUUACUAAGUACCUGUACCCCAACAAACUAUAUAUUUUUGGAAAGCUUAUGAGCUGAUCUACACAAAAAUUUGCACUGUGGCAUAUAAGCUUUAGGCAUAAGCAAAAUAUGGUCAUUCAAAGUCAUGACUUUAAAAAUCAUGAUUUUUCUCUAUAUGAACUUUCUAUGGUUAUAGCUUCACAACAUAGAGUGUAAUUUAAGUUUUGAUGGAUUAAUUUAAUUCUCUGACUUCUUUGUGAUGAAUUUAUGAUGGCUUUAAGAAAUAUUCAGAGUAGAAUUGUAAAAAUUAUGGAUUAAACAAGCAGUCAGAUAAUGAGAAAUCCAGAAAGGACUUUUAUACACAACUCCACCUGUGGGGGUACCAUGCACAAAAACUAUCAUUAUUUUGUUGUACUCUUCAAGAUACACAAUUCUACAAAAUUUCAUGCAAAUCCAAUGAUUAGAACGCAAGUUAUUACAUUUUUCAUUUAAAAAACCCUCAAUUUUGUAUAAUAUCACGAUAAAGAAAGGGCUAUAAUACUAAUAAUAACGGACAUUUGUAACGUGCCAUGUCUGUCACAUAGUGUAUGUAACUUGAAGUCACUGCCAUAUUGUGCAAUACAGUAGCUCUCCCUAUUUGGCCAACAGAGGGUGGUAGUCCACUUUGCUACAUGGAAUAUCUGGGGCUUCAGCCAAAAAAAUCUGGGGAUUUUCUGACUUUUUUAAAGGCAGCAUCAAAGGUUUUGGGGACAGAUUUAAUCACUUCCGGUGUGUAAAAUACUACUUCCGGUUUGAGAAUUGUAUGAAAAUAUGUUUUAACCCCCCUCUUAUUAAAAAAAGAGGUAGAAUAUUAAGAUAAAACAAGUUGCAUGAUGAAGUACACACAUGAAACUAGCAAAGGAGACCAAAAAAUUAAAAUCAUUAAAAUUUUUUUUUUUUAGGGCACCUGUCACCUUAAUGCUUUCACUUUAGCAAAAUACUGAGUAAAAUACUUGAAAAUUCUGGCUUAGGUAUCAAAUUUAAUGGAGGUGAUUUUUCAUAAUCGUUUUACCAAUAUUUCUCCCACUCACUUCCCUUUGUCUCUAUCUGUCCAUCAUAAUUCCUUUAUUCUCCCCUUUUCCUUGAGCAUUUACAAAAAUGUCUAAAAUUUCCAUUCAGUGUUAUACUUGUAAUGCUGCAAUCUUAUGGAAGAAAACAAGGAGAGAAAUUCCUGCUGCAUAUCUAUGUGAAUAAAAGAAUCACAAAGUCA